GAGAGAGAGAGGCUGGGAGGGAACAUGUAAGGGUGAGGUUCACUUGGAUCCAAACCCACCUAAAGAAGCAGGACAGAAAGCUGCAACUCUCAAAUGCAAACUCUGCGGCCAUUAAGACAAUCCGGGGAUUCUUUCAAGAUGCCAAAUACUGUUUCAAACUGUGGAUGGAUCUGUAUGAAUUGAUCUUUUGGUCGUUUUCUACCGAGUGCUUUAAGAAAAUACAGGAAACGCUCUCUCCGUCGAGAGGCAGGGAAAGCAUUCAGCUGCUGUUUGAGCUUGUGACUUGAGGACAAAAGGGCUUGUGAUGUCAGGCAGACUGCUUCUUGUCCUUCUCCUGUGUCUCUGUGUGACUGUGGAUUCAGUCCAGAGCCAGGGCUCCUCCCAGGAUGCCUUUAUAAUCCAGUACCUGGACAGGAGACUGUCUCAGAUGGAGGAGCGUCUGAACCAAUGUGAGCAAAAGACAGUGAGUGCCACACAGAAGACCUAUGACCUCUCGUCUGAAAUCAGGGGUUAUCUGUCCACUCUCAGUGUCCUGAGAUCAGAGGUGCGGAGCCAGAUGGACAGCGUGUCCGUGCGAGUCGACCGGGUGGAGAGGGAGUUGGAGUAUCUUGAAAACAACAUUCCCGCCCAGACCGACAUUGAGAUUGAAGAGGCGCUGCUGGAGCAGCAGAUAAAGGCCGCUGAGGUGGACCAGCUGCAAAGAAAAGCCACGAUCCAAGUGGAGAAUGACUGCAGAAUGGUGCUGAGUCAAAUCAAGUCUCUCAAGAUUGUGAAGAAGGCAGGAGACACCUACGGUACCUGGUUCAAGGACCCCACCAAAGGAUCCACUAAGGUCUAUAUGCUCAGUGGAAUUCGUAACAACACUCUGCUGGAGUAUGCCUCUGUGCACAGUUUCACAGAGAGGACCACCACACCACCAGUGAAGGUGGUGGAGCUGCCUUCCUAUUGGCAAGGGACAGGUCAAGUGGUCUACAACGGAUUCCUCUACUACCACAAGGCAGACACGCCCAACCAGAUCCUGAAGGUAGACUUGUUGAAUGGUACCUUAGUAGACAGUACGCUGCUACCAGGAGCGGGUCGUCUACCAGUCUACAGUCUGAACCCCAACACCUACCUGAACCUGGCUGUGGACGAGCUGGGCCUCUGGGUCAUCCAUGCCGACCCUGAGUAUGGGGGGAACUUGGUCAUCACCAAACUGGAUAAAGCGAGUCUGGCAGUAGAGUACACUUGGGAUACUCAGUGUAGAAGCCAAGAUGCCGAAGGAGCCUUCCUAAUAUGUGGGACCCUCUAUGUGGUCUACAACACGCGCUAUGGAGGUCGCUCCACUGUUCAGUGUCUCUACGACAUCCAUGACACCAUCCACAGCGACGAGAGUCCCGUGAUGUUCUUCCCGAAGCGCUACACAAGCCACAGCAGCAUCCACUACCACCCCGGAGACAAACAACUGUACGCCUGGGACGAUGGCUACCAGACCAUAUACAAAGUGGAGACGGGUAGAAGUGACCAAGUGCUUGAGGAGUAAAGAUCUUCUACAACGGUUAUUGUUUGACUUCACAAAUCCCUAAUAAAAAGCAUACUUUAGAUGAGUAACCUGUAAUCUACUGCUGUUCAGUACAGUGGUCAUUUGCCGAAAAUGGAUGCUUUACCUUCAUUACUAUGGUAACUAGACAUAAAUAUCAAUCCAGCCAAAAGCAUUCUAUAUAUCAUGUAGGCUUUUCACUUUUUAGUGCCAUAAUAAAGAACAUAUUAAAUGAUGA